AUGGAAGAUCACUAUGAGUUUAAGCUUUUUCUGCGUAAACGUGAUCGACGCGAGCUGUUACUACAGCGAUCAAGGAAUUUAUUCAGCAACUUGCUAAAGGAGAAAACGCUUGCAAUUAGUGGAACCUUCCUAAUGUUUGGUUAUAAUGUACAAGUCGUGGCUUCAGAUAUGCCAGCAGGGAAAAGUGUUAGAGACAAACCACAGUACGGCUUGGCUCUAUCAAGCUUGGUGAGCGAACGACAAGUGGACUACAUGGAGAACAUCAAUGACGGCUGUCUUAUGACCCUGUCGCCGAUUGUUACGCCGUGUUGCAGGAACUCCUUUGUUUUACUCAGUGCCAAUGAUGAAACAAUCCAUGGCCAGAAAUUGAAUUAUGGAGAUGAAUUUCUGUUGAAAGCUGAAAAUUAUGGAGAUCCUCAGGCGGCGCCUUUGUAUGUCAGAUACACUCCAUCUGGGGUUCCCGAGCCGGCUGACCGAAUGCCGAUACGAUUGAGUAGUACCAAGGACACCAACUGUCGUUGGACCACUAUGCCAUUACUUCCUCGCGAUCACCUCGAGGGCUUGGGCAGUCCUAUACAGACAGGGAAGAGGCUGAUCAUAAAGAACUGCGUUGCUGACAAAAGCUUAUGCGUUAUGAAUGAAAAUUGGAUGCAAACAUUCUUUGGGCCUGAAUGUGGAGUCACGUGUCGUAAUUAUAUCGAUAUUCAUAAAAGAUUCACUGCGAGAAACGUAUUCACUUUAGUCAGCGACGUUGCUGUGAAGAAGAAGGCAUAGUAGUUUAUAUAAGACUUGUGUUAACUUUGCGUUUAUAUUAAUAAUUUUUUUGUGUUAAUUUUUUUUUUAAUCCAUGGUUCUCGCCGGAUUUGUGAAAAACUGAUUUUCAAUCGGGCGUAGUCGCGAGCGUCCUCUAGUAUUAAUAAAUUUU